GGAGUGUGUGUGCGAGAGAGAGAGAGAGAGAGCGCUCCGAGUGCGCGCAUAGGCUCAACGCACCAGCUCCGAAGUCGGCGCUGAGCGAAGCGUCCUGCAGUAGCUACUGAAGAUAAACCAAGUUGUGCUGGAGCUGCGCUUUGAAGAGCAGCUCCGGGCGCGAUAGAUCAGAACAGAAUUUAUUUGGGAAUCGCACAGUUAUGAAAAAUGAAUUAAACUGAAGAGGACCUUCUCAAAAAUAAAACCAAGACAAUUUUACAGAAUACCAGAAUGGCAGGACAGAAAGAAUAAAAAAUGAAUGUGGAGAAAGUAGAGGAAAAAGUCUUGCAGUCACCUUUAAUCAUCAGGGAUGAAAAUGGCAAUAGAUGUGUGAGUAACACCAUUGGAUCUUUGAAUGGAGGCACUGUUAGUCAUCCUCACCAAGGAGUAGAAAAUGAAGGCUGUAAAAUAUUUAAAGAUACAGCUGGGCUCAAAACCAUUUCUUCAAGUCCACGCAUUGAAGAGCAAGACUUGCAGAAAGUUGCCAGUGAUUAUAUUUGCAUGGGGACUUCAGACCUGAAGGCCACACAGUACUCUUUUUCAAAUGAACAAUUUUACAUGGAUGCCAUGAAUCAGACUUUCCUGGAGUCAGAGAGCUGUGGCAAAGAAAGCCUUGCAAAGGAACAGAAUUGUAGUACUGGGAAAUCAAUGCCUUGUUGCCAGACAGAUCUCAUGAAUUUAGUACCCCUGGCCUCUAAGGAAAGGAGCACUAUUGAAAUCCAACAUGCAUUAGGAAGUGCCCAAAUGGAACAGAAAGAUGCUAAUACAAAUGAAUCUUUAAUUACAAUAAUAAAUUUGGAGGACACAAUGAGUAAAUGUUAUGAAGUAGCAGGUAUUUCUGUCAGUUCUCAGAAAUUAGGUGAAACUUUCAUCUGUGACUACCACGCUGGCUCUCCUAACCUAGAAGUUUUCAUCAAUUCAAAUGCAGCAGAUAUAUAUCUAGAGAAGGGUGUGCAAUCUAUUUCCCUUUCAAUGGCAGAAGAUGAGGUCACCAAUUAUAUUGAUUUAGUUUCGCAGAAUAGUGAACAGCCUGAAAAGCAAGGACAGCAGGAGGCUGGUUCUUACAGUAAGCAAUUAUCUGAACCAGAACAGUUUGAUAUGUGGAAAGACAAGCAUAAGAAAUAUAUGCAUAGCACUCCUGAACAAGAUGAAAAUAAAUCGCUGGCUAGGCCUAGUAUAGAUUAUGAUAUACAUGACAUUUGCCAUUUAGCCACUGAAAGCUUUGAUGAGCAUUCCAAACUGGAAUUUUGUGAAGAUGAAGUGCACAUGACCAAAAUCCAGAAUCUUUUCAAAGAAAAUGAGGCUUUGUUGAAGGGACCUAGUGAAAUAUAUGAGCACAUACAAAAUGAUACACAAAAGCCAGAAAGAGUUGCUUUGUCUGAGCACAACUGUCAAGCAACUUUCAUUGUUUAUAACUCCCCAGCCAAUGACCAUACCUUGACUUGCCCUCCUACUGUGGGGUCAAAAAAUGCAACUUUUGCUGUCAUUUCCAUGCCAGAUGAUCCUGGUGAUGGAUCUAAACCUGGAAAGAAUACUCCCUUGGUAAAAGAUCAUUUCAGGAGUCCUUCACUUAAAAAUAAUCCUGAACAAAUUGUAGUAAAAUCAACAAAAAGAUCUCCUCUUACAGCUACUAUAACCAAAGCUAGGAAAGCAGAAAUUGUGAGCUUUCCAAAACCAAAUUUUAAAAACAUUAAGCCAAAAGUUGUCUCUAGGCCUGUGCCACAAUGUAAGGACAGUGCUGCUCUAAAAAUAACUCCAAGAUCUCCACAGCUAUCUACUGCUUCCUCCUCCUCCUUGUCUUCCUCGCCAAAGCAACCAUCUUUUUUGUUUGCAGCACUGAGGAAAAAAAAGGACUUGGAUAAAGGCACCAAACCAGAAACACCUAUGAAUAAGACUCAUAAGCAACAUUUUAAUAAACAGCUUCCUAGCCAAGGUGUGCAUGCUCCAACUUAUUCUGAAAAUGUUUCUCAGAAGAUUCCAAAACCAGUGUUAAAGCAGACUGUGGAUCAGGUUGAGAGAGCAAAGCAUCUCAGUUCAUCAUGCUUCCCUAUGGCUCUAAAGAGCUCCCAGAACUAUGGUGGGUCACCAGGUGAAGGGAUGGAUAAUGCAGAAACUUUGAUUCAGCCUUGGGCUGUGAGUAGCUGCCAAAGAGCUCAAGAAAACAAGCAUUCAAAUGACUGUUCAGGGAUUCCAAGCAAGACAUCUACCCAAGAGGUUAUAAACAAUGGCCAUGGACUAGUGCAGAUUUGUUCGGUUUCUUUGUCUAAAACAGACACAGCACAAGGACAAGGUUUUCCUAAAGGCAGUCCUGUACCGCCAUCUAAAAUUGCAUUCCCUUCUAGGAGAGGAAGUGAGAGUAAAAAUACUCAUGCAACCAAACUUUCAUCUCCUCAAAGACAUAUUUUAUCGUCAAACUCUGGAGUAGGAACUCCCAGGGGAAGGCUUACUACUGUGAAGGCCUUAUCAAGAUCUUCAGCUAGUUCUGGCCUCAGUUCAAAGGUGCCCAUUAGAGGACCAGGACAUCAGAGAACCUCUAGCAUCUCUUCAGUCAGCAGCACUCAGAGUGACCAAAGUACUUUCAGCAAUGAUUCUACAAGUGCUACUAUUAUCAAGAACGGAGAAUGCACUCCCAAAUCUGCAUGUCAGAAUGGUACUGCCAGAUCCAUCUCUCUCAAGCCGGUGUCCAGGCCACGAGUCCUUUCACUGAAAAAUACACCAAAAGGAGCAAAAGGUAAAUUAGCCUUAGUGAACCAAUGUGUUCCCAAGCCUGCUGGACCUAUUCUUCCAGGGAAAAGAACAAAUGAUCUAAGAGGGAGUCAACGAUUAGGACCUUCAGCACAAAAUGGAUCACGGCUUUUAUUGUCAGUCUUUAGCUCUGUUGGCCAGGGUAAGCAGAAGAGCCCUAAGAAUUCAUCUCUACAGACCAGGACUUCUAAGGAAGUACAAGCAGAAACAAAAACACAAGAGUUGACGCAAUACAAAAGAAAAUGUGAAAACCAAAGUGGAAUUAUCCAGCAGCUGAAGAAAUGUUUGGCAAACAGCAAUAGGAAAUUAGAAGCAUUAGCUCUUGUGAUCCAGCACUUUCAAUCUGAGAGAGAAGAAGUGCUUUCCCAGCGUAAAGAGUUAUCACUGGAACUUCUCAACCUUCGUGGAGAUCUGGUCACUACUACCGCUGCCUGUGAGAAAUUGGAGAAAGACCGAACUGAAUUGCAAGCAGCUUAUGAAGGGUUUGUGCAGAAGCUGAACCAACAGCACCAAAGUGAUGUAUUGGAAUUGGAAGAGCGGCUGAAACAGUUCUACACAGCUGAGUGUGAAAAACUUCAGAGUAUCUGCAUUGAAGAAGCUGAAAAAUACAAAGCACAACUUCAGGUGCAGGUUGACAACUUGAAUAUAACACAUGAAAAUUUUAAGCUAGAACUUGAAACCAGUCAUGCAGAAAAGAUAGAAGAAUUGAAGAAGGAAUAUGAAUCUUCUUGUUCAGAACUCAAGGCUACCCAUGAAUUAGAAAGAAAGUCACUUGAAGAAUCUUUCCAUGAGAAGCAAGAAGAACUGGAGAAAAAAAUAGCUGAAUUACAAAGUGAAAAUGAUUGCUUAAAUGAAAAGCUGAAGUUGGAAGAACAAAAACGAAUAGCCAAAGAAAAAGCACACUCUAAAAAUCCUCAGAUUAUGUACCUGGAACAAGAACUGGAAAGUUUGAAAGCAGUAUUGGAGAUCAAGAAUGAGAAAUUACACCAGCAAGAUAACAAACUAUUGAAGGUGGAAAAACUGGUGGAGAGCAACACUGCCCUGGUAGAGAAAAUGAGAAAAGUUCAACAGGAGAAUGAAGAAUUAAAAGCUCGGAUGGACAAACAUAUGGAACUUUCCAGGCAACUUUCCACUGAGCAAGCAGUUUUGCAAGAAUCUUUGGAGAAGGAAUCCAAGGUAAAUAAACGUCUAUCAAUGGAAAAUGAAGAACUUUUGUGGAAGCUACACAAUGGGGACCUUUGCAGUCCAAGAAAACUCUCCCCUGGCACUCCACCAAUGGCCUUUCAGUCACCAAGAAAUUCCAGCUCUUUCUCCAGUCCCACUGUGUCACCCAGAUGACACUACUGUGAAGAGACACUCUCCCUUCAAGCAUUUCCUUCACACUCUGCAGAACUGAAAACAUGGAUUGAGGGAGCAAAAAGCUAUAAAAAUGCAGAUGUGCUUCACUGUGUCUGAAAUACAACUGGAAAGAACUGCAUUGAGAAAUAUCUAUAACAUGUUCAAGGUUCAGGAGCAGGAAACCAAACUGUGGUCCUCCUUGUUAAAGAAAAAGGACUUCAGAAAUAACUUCUCCAAAUGAUGUUGCACAAAGCACUUAAAGAGCAAGAAAUAUCUUGUUCACUUUUGCCUUUUUCACCUAACUCUAGGGAAAAAUUGCUCAGGGGCUUAUAAAUAAAUGAUUGCAACCUUUAAUGCGUUCCUCCUUAUAGAUAUGUUCUUGAGACUCUGGGUGUGUGCAUAAAUGACUUAGAUGCAGCAUACCAUCUUUGCCAUGUAUAUGAUAGAGGAUAAACACUGAAGAAAUUAGGGUCAUAUUAUUCAUGAAUAAAAUUUUCUCAUAAUGCAUGUUUUAUCAAAGUUUUUUUUCCCCUUUCUUGGGAUAAAGAAAAACUGCCACUUGUACUAUAUGUUCUCCGUUAUCUCUGUAUGUCAGUUUAGUAAACGAUUGAAAGGAGAUGCUAUUUCUGUUUGGUUGUCUACCUGUUUCAUUGUGGAAAGUAAUGAGUCUGGUCAUCUCCUUUCCAGGCAUAAUUACAUUGUACAAAAUAUUAUUUUUCAUCUUCUCCACAUAUAUGUCAAAAUUAAAUUGCUUUCCUCUAGCUAUAUUAUUCAGUCUUUACAAAAACGCACAUCAGUGUAGUAGAAAGUUCAGAUAUACCCACAAACAUUUAGUGUCCAUACCUACAGGGUCUUAUCUGACUCAAAAUAGCAGUGCUUCAGAGCACAGGAGGAAAACAAUGCAGAUGUACUUAUUUUAAAAGGAGCAAGAGGCUAUAGAAAUGUACCGUGUUGCUUUGUAAUAUACUGAACUGAUAAUUUAUCAAUGUGCACUUUACUCAGUAAAUGCUAUAAGGAGCAGUCCAUUCACUACAUUCAUCAGUAAGAUUUAUUAACAUUUUCCCAUUGGCUGCAGAAUUCAUUACCCUCUGUUUCAUUUGAUAGGUUUUCUUUGACCUUCUUGAGUUAAACAAAAUCUUAUUGUUUUGUAAUACUUAUCUCUUGGGUAGCAUUUAAUUCUGCAUUGCAAAUUUAAAAACAGCAUAGUGCAUGUCUGCUCUUGUUAAUGACCUGUUCAGUUUUUAUUUUUCUGAGAUUUAAAAUCUCUUAUUUGUACAAAUGACCU